AUGCUACAGGGCAGAUACUACUACAACAAACGCAUUUUGCACAAGACCAAAGGGAAGCGUUUCACCUACAAGUUUAACUUCAGCAAGGUUGUCCUGGUCAACUACCCUCUGUUGGACAUGGCCAGCUCACCCUUCCUCCUGGCCCAGAAUCACUUCAACGGUGGCUCAGCAGCGCCCGACUGCAGCCCUGUCACCCCUGAGGCCUUGCAGUCCCUGUUCCCUCGUCUGCCAGAAGUCAGCGAGGGGGACCUCCUUUUCGAGCGAGGGGCCACAGCACCUGUCCCAGAGGGAGACAAGCUGAGACUGGACGCUUUCCCCUUCCUUGGCUCAGGCUCCCCCUGUUAUUCGAAACCCCCGUCCCUUCUGGGCCCUUACCCCCGCAAACCCUCCUUUGACUACCCCUGGGGCUUCAACCCUUACCUCCCAGGGGCCUUCUCCCUCAACAACUGCCCUAAACUGCCCCGCUCCCUCUACCCCUCCCACUUCUACCACAACCCGCUGCAGAGCAGCCUGUCCCAGCUGCCUCACCCCUUCUCCUCCCUGCUGCCCCCAGAGGCAGGUGGGGGAGAGAGGGGUGGCGGGGGGCAGACCGGGGCUACUAAUGGCACGGCUGGUGGGCAACCUGCGAGACUCUGCCUUCCACCUUACCAUGGCCUGUCACUGAGCCGGACCGACCUGGGGAACGGAGGCUCCGGGGGGGGCGAGAGGGAAAGGGUUGAAGCCAGCACCCCUGGCGCAGGUCUCAGCAUGGGGCUGAGCCUAGGCCUGGAGGGCUUGGAGGGCUUGGAGGGCUGGGCUGGGGGCCAUGGCGGAGGGAGACAGAGCCCAUCAGAGUGCCGUGGUGGAGUGAAGCAAGACCCCGAGUCCGACUCGGAUCUGGAGAUUACAGACCUGAGCGACUGCAGCUCAGAGAACGAGAUAGAGCCUGUAUUCAGCAUGUCCAAGGAGGAGGCAGGCCGGGCCGAUCACAGAUCCUGUUGGACAGGAAAAAGGGAGGUUCCCUGCCACCCUCUCUCCUCACUCCCUCCCCCGGUGUCCCCCCAUCCCCUAAAAAGCCUGGUGCCCAUCACUCCUCCUCCCCCGUCUCUCCCCCCGUCCCUCUCUCCCUCCAAGGCUCUAGUUGACAGACACAGGGAGACAGAGACUCUCAAACUUAUCCACAGCUAAUGGAUUCUGUUCCAUGUCUCUCUCCUUUAUGCUAACCCUGUCUCUCUCUUUUUCUCUCCCUUCAUCUUGUUGAUGCCACUGUUAUGGUUUCGGUUCCUAUAUUUUCCAUUCUUUAGUCGCUUCAAUCUAUCUCUGGUGUCUUUCCCCUGUCAAGAUCUCCUUCUCUUCCAUUCUCUCUCUCUGUUUCUCUCUCUCUGGUUUAUCAAAACCUCUGUGUUAUGUGUUGACCUGUCAAACACAGCUGAUUUUGUGCACAUUGCUGUUUUCCUGUAACUGCCAGUCUCCUUGAUCCGAAUGUGUGUCAUGCCCGCACGACGGUGUUCCUUGUGACUGUGCUCUUCACUUCCACUGUACACCAGACUCUAUUAAUUGUAGGUUUUACCGUGUUCUGAGGAUGCAGAGAAUGCAGUAAGGUGUUGCGUUGCUAGACAACGUCAGUGCUAACAACAAACAAACAACAUACGUGACUAAUGAUUAUCUCAUGUUUUAAUGUAACGAUGAGGAUUCAUUUUUAUCUUUGAAUUCUAUGCUCAGUUUUUUCUUUUUCUUUUCCUGAAAGGUUGUCAGCUAUUGCCACCUAGUGGUAAUGUUUAUUGGUUGUGUUGAGAAAUUGGAUGUUUGCUCAGAGAAUGUAACCAUUUUUUUUACCUUCUCCAUUAACUUUUUGCUUUAUAUUGUAUAUGAAUUCAUUGUGCGUUUUGUAGAGGGUCACUGUAUUUUUGUUUAUAUGAAAAUUAUGAAAGUACAGCUGUAUCAGCAUUGUUUUAGUAAUUCUUCAUAUUCCUAAAGGACUCCGAUAGAAAGAGAAAGAGAGAGAGGUAGGCAAAUUUAGAAUUUGUAUAAAUAUUUCAGUGUAUAUAUUUUACUAUGUAUAUUACAUUUCAUUAUUAUCAGUAUUAUAAGAGUAAGCUGUAUUUGUGUGAUUUAAUUCAGUAUUUUAAAAAUGUGGGGAAAUUGAUCAGUAUAGGUGUAUUAAAGUAAAAAAUACUAAUGGCAGAAUAUCUGCACAUUUGAAGAUGUUUUUCCAUGAUGAGGACAGAGUUUACCUAAGGGAUUGUCUCGUAUUUUCUCAGCCCAAGUUAAUUGUGCCCUUUGGUCAUUUUUCAAUAAGCCCUAUGUGCGAGCCCUUUUGGGUUUAAAAUAUGCUGUUAGACUUAUUUUUACAGUUAGCUUUCACCCGGUUGUAACAGUACUAGUAAUUAGUCAAAUGUGAAUAAUAUUGGGUUCUGCAUAUCAUUAUUUCUAUAGUUAAACAACUUACAGAAUUUAUUAAAUAAUUUUCAGUCUGUGUUUUUUUUUUUGUCCAUGACAUCAAAGCCAGGUUAUGGGUUCAGCUUGUAGGAGUAAAUGUUUGAAAAACAAAGAUGCACUGUUUCCCAACCAAGGGCAAAAAAAUAAAAACAAAUUCUAUAAGUCCUCCUUUACAUAACGGAGGGCAAUACCCCAAUGUACAGAUUAUGCUGUGGAGGUAUCUGAUUAAGCGUGAAAGCACCGUUGUAAAGGCCAUGUAAAGUUAUGUCUGUUGAGUUCCCUGUUUCAUCUUUGUACCGUGUUCACAAAACACCCCCUGUAAAUACUCUUUACUUUGUGUGUGUACACAUUCAAAAAGACCAUGCAGUGAAUUUACGAGUCACUUUUCUGUUGUACAAAGGAAAAUGGAAAGUGCAAAAAAAGAAAGAUUAAUAAUCUUCAAAAGCAAUAAACAUUAUU